AUGUCUUUGAGAAGAGGAUUUUACUCAAGUGAGUCGUCCUUAGCUCCCGUUCCCUGCAUCUUCACUCGACCUUUUAACAAUUUGCACUAUUUACAACAUCCAGUCACUUGCCGUUAAUGUGUGAUUUUUGUGCACUUACCACUGCCUACUGUCCUACAAGAACUGGUUGGGUCAAAAGUCAUCGUGACGCCCGUAUUCUGCCCGCAUUUCCGUGACCAUGAACUUCUGUCGCCGAACUAUCACUGUCGCCCCUUUAUUGUUACUAAGCACUGUGCUACCUACUUGCAAUACCUUUUAAGAAUAAAAUUUCGUUGUCAGCAGCUCUGACUUAGCUGGCUUCCUGAACCAUGGCGUUUCAUGCACUUUUUUCGACAAAAUGUAUCUUCCGUCAGUAUGCGCGUGCGCGCAAAUUAGGCUACAGCGCGACAUGACCAUCCGCCUUCCCAUUUCCACUUUUUCUGAUGGAAAAUGAGAGUUAAGACACCUGAGUGUCCUGCUGCUCUCAGUGAUCGGCCCAGAAUUCAUUCCGCCCUACAACCCCCACUGACAUCUCUCUUGAAAACUAUACUUUCUAUACUCUUAUAGCCAUUUGGGGAUUUUCUGUAAAAGCUACCUUAUGAAGCACUGCCGCAUUUUGACUGGUUGCCAACGGUCAGGCUAGUUUGGACACCUCCAAUCCAGAACUCUCAGUGCGUCGCAGCAAUUUAAAUACGUGCCGGUUGAAUGGCAGUGGAGUAAGAAUGUAUAGAAUCAAUGUGUAAACAACAAAAACCUCUGACACUCAGUUUUGGCGGACACUGGAACGACUUCUAAACAUUUCCAACUGUGAGAUUAUUUGACAGGGACUUGACCAAGUAGCAGCACCAUUCAAACAGCAGCAAUUUUGUCUGGACCUGCUUGUACCUCGCAUAGUUUUGAUCAGGCCUGACCUGUCUGUCAUCAAUUGGCAUAAGGCUUAUAAGCUUUUGUCACAUGUGGGUCCCCUCAAGCUGCUCGCUUUUCUGAAGGUUCGGAUUUGGCGCGAUGUCUACCUUAUUCACUGUCACCGGUUGGUGAUGGCAAAGCGAUAUGACAAUCCUCAAUCGCUGUCAAUUCAAUUAUUCUGGCCACAGCUACCUAAGUGCAAGAUAUUCAUCCAGAGGUCGAGCCUAGAACCAGGAAGUUCAACUGGUACCAAAACUCUUGCCCAUCAUAAUUAUGCAAGUGCACUAGUCGUUAAUCUUGGUUCAUGCUAGGACGUCCGCCGGAAAGGUUUGCCGGGAGAUAAACGUGCGAUAUGAUACAGCAAGGAUUCCACAAAAGUAUUUGGCUACUGCGGAAACCCGUCGAACAAUAUGGAUUUGGUAAAUUAUGUCGUUUUGGUGCUGUGCGUUUGACACUAGCCUGGUCCUGUUUAUCCGGUAAUACUGACUGAAGGCUUAAGCUGUAAGCAUUUGCUGCUGUCAUUCAGUACGUCGACUGUUGUUUGCGACUUGGCUGGAUGAUUAUGUUGACAUCAGUGAAUCAAUUCUUUUCAUCAUUGUCGUGUUGCGGACGAGGUCAGCCUCCGUCCGUGGCCAGGAGAAGGCACCCUCGGAGUUAAUGACUGUCAACUUAAAGAAGUGAACAGUUUAAAAUUCCGUGGAAUGAGGCUGCCGUAGAAUGAUCAGAGUAAGGACGACAGCGUCUACCCAAUCAAUGCUGUUCGCGAUUUUCACAAUCCUUGGAAAGUGUCUAGAUCAGGCGCGACAUCAUCUCCACAAAGAUCCGCGUGCACCGUGCGUCCGUUCGGUCAGUUCUCUACGGCUGUGAAUGCUAUGCUGUGCACGUGCAAGAUGAGCAGAAACUGGUGGCGUCUGACUGCUGCUACCCGAAAACUAUCCGUUGAGUGAAGUACACCGACUUAGUCUCGCACGGAGCAGCCUGUGCUCGCUGCGACAACGCAAGGAUAUCCCAGGCCAUCCAAGAGGGACGUCCGAGGUGAUUUUGGUAGUCUCUCGUCAUAUAUCUCUUAAGCCGAAUGUUGCUGCCCUCGAUUCAGCAUCGUUGCCCACCUAGAGGUGUUUAACAUGAGGCCAACUCAAAAACUGGCUCGACACAGUUUGUCAAGAGAUGGAAGUGGUUUCUGGACCUCCGGGAUUCGAUCUUGUCUCUGGAGAGAAAGAAUGGAUUAAGCCCCACAUCUUCUGCCGCGGAUCUUAAUGCCUGAAAAGGCGCGAUCUGCACAUCAUCGAAGCCGGCUAAAUCAAACAUGAUCGUAUCUGUACCGAAUACAUGUGUAACAAGAAAGUCCGAAGGGUCUGACCAGAUUCCAGCUCGAAGAUUCAAUUGUCACAUCCUGGCCACGCCAGUCACUGACAGCGGUUAAGAGACAUUUCUAUGAGAUAGUACCGACAAAGAGCUGCUAGUUGAGGGUACCUCUAUCAUGAAGGCCGUUUGCUGAUAUAGGUGAACCGAUCUAAACGAAGGAUAAGUUCGUAAUGUCUCCUCAAGCCGACGUACCUCGGGCAUUAACGGAAUGGCUCUUACGCAAACGAGACGGCCUUCGCCUUUUCGGAAAGGGCUACUGCCAUAUUGUCUACCAAAGAAGCCUCAUGGACUGCUGUGGCAGAUAGGAAAAUAGGAGUUGGUUCCAGGAGUUUAUUUUCCAGGACUAUGGGGUAUUAAUUUGUAUUUCCGGCAGGAUUCUGCUACCCAUGUUAUUUUGGUAAGGACUGUACUGUAAGAUUCCGGGCACCAGGGUCAGUGCACCUUCUCACGUUUCACCUUGUGCAUUCACACCUUGCUUCCCGAUUGAGUUCUACUUUCUUCCCGUUGACUCGAAUCACAAAGUAGUGGUUGCGCUGCCCGUUGGUUGCCAUAAAGCCGUACCACGGAUCGCGGUCUUAUGUUUGGGUAUUUUCCCCUUAAAAUAUUUUUAGAAUUUUUAAACAGGUCGACUUAUCAUAAUAAGCGCAUUGUCUACUGUCGCUUUUCAUUAGUCAGUGACCGGCAGACUGCUGACCGAGUCGUAGUCGGUGUAUACAUCAAAAACUCCUGACAAAUCCCCCCUAUUAUCUUACUCUGCCGUUAUUUUUACUUAUCCAGAGGACUAAGGCGCAUUAUGAGGAUGCGUAGGAUCCAUUCUGUAAUCUUUCCACACUUGUAAAUGCUACUUCCAGCACGAGUGUUCUUGAUUAUGUUCAACGAUGCUCAUGCUUGUCGCUCUUUGUUGAGGCUUUAGACUUCAGUCCCAGUUAUUUAUUGUCUAGCGUUCAAACCUCUUAUUUUCUUAACCAGAGGUUGCUGCGCGGUCGGUGACGACGAAAGGCCAUUUUGUUCACCUUUAAGGGCAAUAUAGAUUUUUCGCCUUUUUAUGCCAUAUCUGUAGUAACUUUGAAAGUAGGCAUUCAAAACCACUACCUGUCAUGGUAUAAAGUUUUCUCCAUCUCUUAGACUGGCUUUUUUCAAUUUAGAGUUGCCAUUUUCCGAGAGGCGAUCACUAAGUCCCGAAAAACGCGGUGACGUAACGCUCAAUACCUACAAACCGAACGAAGAGGAGAGGCUGAGUGUGGAACUGGAAUACUGGCGAACCGGGGACUCAACAACGGACUGUUUGUCCCCUGGUUUGACUGCCGGCCACACGACCUAUCUACUCUGUCCUGCGGGUCUCACAAUCGGCCACCUGGAGAAGCUCAUCCGUCUCAAGUUUGAACUGAAGCCCGGCUUUCACGAGGUGGCCGUGUUUUUUUCCUCUGACGACUACUUCAGUCCCGACUACACCCUCUCCGACCUAGCUUGCCUCUACUCAUGGCGACGCCAACACCCCAUGAAAAUCUACUUUUCUGUGAUUCGCACUGACUCAGACAAGUCUCCAGUUCUGUCGCCCUCUUCGCCUCCCUACCCUCCGGCUUUAUCAGCAUUAAGUCGGAAGUCCCCCAUCAGUACGACGGCCGCCAUUGAAACAGAGCCGAAGAAACGACCCUCUCUGAAGUUGCCCAGCCCCGAAGCGCUGUCAGAUACACCAAGCCAGGUUCUACCUCAUGUCGCUGCUCCGGCUGACUUGUCCUCACAGCUUAGUACAACCGGACAGCAGCUCCCGCUGCUAGCUAACGGCUGGGGCUGA